CCGCAACCUUGUCCGCCUAUAAAUAAAUCGUCACUGAUCGCAGCUCAUUCCACUCGCACCAAGAUCGAGCAGCUAGCAGCAAAGACAAGCAAGCGGUAGUGCAAUCUAGAGCGCGGGACGCAACGGUGCGAUCACCUAAGAUAGGGAGCCACGAGGACGCGACGAGGCGGCCACUGAUGGCGGCACCGGCGGCGAGGAGCGUGGGCGUGGCGGAGCGCGCGCUGCGCGGGGUGGCGGACCUGAUCAAGCUGCUGCCGAGCGGCACGGUGUUCAUGUUCCAGUUCCUCAGCCCGCUCGUCACCAACAACGGCCACUGCGCCGCCUACAACAAGGUGCUCUCCGGCGCGCUCCUGGCGCUCUGCGGCGCCUUCUGCGCCUUCUCCUCCUUCACCGACAGCUACGUCGGAUCCGACGGCAGGGUCUACUACGGCGUCGUCACGCGCCGCGGGAUGCGCACCUUCUCCGCCGACCCGGACGCCGGCGCCGCCAGGGACCUGUCCGGGUACCGCCUCCGCGCCGGCGACUUCGUGCACGCCGCGCUCUCGCUCAUGGUGUUCGCCACCCUCGCGCUGCUCGACAGGGACACGGUCUCCUGCCUCUACCCGGCGAUGGAGGCCAGCGAGAGGACCAUGAUGGCCGUGCUGCCGCCGGUCGUCGGCGGCGUUGCCAGCUACGCCUUCAUGAUGUUCCCCAACAAUCGCCACGGCAUCGGCUACCAGCCCACCCGCGCAACCGAGGACUUCCAGCACAAGCACUAGAGUGUUCAUGGCGUCCAUCGGCGUGGCCUGAAUUGAUCAAUUCCUGUCAAUUUCUUCGCAGUGUUUGCAUGCAUGAUCAACUUGGUCAUCAUCUGGCUGCAAAGACAAAACUCAAAGUGUGGUGGUGUGAUCUGAUCUGUGAUGUUUGAGUGACGUGUCGUCACCUUGUCGUUCUUGAUUUGUCAAAGCUUGUACUGAUACUGUGGUGCAUAUGCCUGAGUAACUGGAUCAUGAUUAAUUUGUCAAAAAUAUUUAUGCCAUCGUCAA